UUUGCGUUCAAAUUUUGCUACGAAAAGUUUUUCUUGAAUGCACCCCGUAGAAGUUAGUCCCCUAAAUAUGUGGUCGACAAGAAACAACGAAAACUCCCGAGAGUUCCGCCACGUUUUUAACGUGCUUAUUUGUGUCGCUCAGUGUCAGUACAACCUUUUGAUCUUAUUGCAGUCCAUGGUUAGAUUUUAGCACAAAUGUACCAGACAACUAGCUAUAUAACUUUGUUGUGUGUUGGGCAGAUCAAGCGAACAGCACAAUAAACUAGUUUGCUGCCCACAGCUGAGAGUCGGCCCCGCCCCUGUGUUUAUCAGCUGUUCUUGUCAGAUAACAGUAAAUGUUACGCAUUCAUGUAUGACAACCACAGACAGGCAAAGUGAUUAUUUUUUCAACAACUAAACAGUACAACCAGCUGCCAUGGCCUCAGGUGGGGCCCCAGUGCCGAUGGCCAGCCAUUGCGGCACCAAGGUGGAGCUCACCAUCUCCUGUGAGAACCUCAUGGACAUGGACGUCUUCUCCAAGUCUGACCCCCUGUGUGCCUUGUACAUCAACACUUCAGGCUCGCAUUGGUAUGAGUUUGGACGCACAGAGAUGAUCCUGAACUGCCUGAAUCCAAAGUUUGCCAAGAAGUUUGUGAUCGAUUACUAUUUCGAGAUGGUGCAGAGGAUGAAGUUUUGCGUGUAUGAUAUUGACAAUGACACCUAUGACCUGGGUGAUGAUGAUUUUCUGGGGGAGCUUGAAUGUACCCUGGCCCAGAUUGUUUCUAGCAGGCAGAUAACUCGACCUUUGUUGCUGAAGAACAAGAGGCCUGCAGGUCAGGGGACCAUCACAAUAUAUGCUGAAGAGAUAACAGACAACAGAGUGGCAAACAUUGAGGUGUCAGCCCGCAGGCUAGACAAAAAGUUUUUGUGGUGGUCCGACCCUUUCCUGGAAUUCUACAAGCAGACAGAAACUGGAUGGCAGCUGGCUCACAGGACAGAGGUGGUAAACAACAACUUAAACCCAAUAUGGAGACCCUUCUGCAUCUCAUUGCGAUCUCUCUGUCAAGGAGAUGUGGAGAGACCUAUAAAGGUUGAUUGUUAUGACCGCCAUGUCAGCGGAGCCCAUGAUCUUAUUGGGAGCUUUAAAACAACACUGGCUGAGAUGCAAAUGGGAACACACGUUUGCCCUGCUGAAUUUGAGUGCAUCAACCCGAAAAAGCUAAAGAAGAAAAACUAUAAAAACUCUGGAGUCAUUUGCUUCAAGAACUGCCAGGUGGUGAAGGAGUACAGCUUCCUGGAUUAUAUUAUGGGGGGUUGUCAAAUCAACUUCACUAUUGCCAUUGACUUCACAGGCUCUAACGGGGAUCCCAGCUCUCCCCAGUCCCUCCACUACAUCAACCCUGAAGGCUAUAAUGAAUACCUGACAGCCAUCUGGGCAGUGGGUAAUGUCAUCCAGGACUAUGACAGUAACAAGAUGUUUCCCGUCUUUGGUUUUGGAGCCCAACUCCCUCCCUCCUGGCAGGUUUCCCAUGAGUUUCCUGUCAAUUUCAACCCACAAAAUCCAUUCUGUGCAGGCAUACAGGGUGUGGUGGAGGCCUACCAGCAGUGUCUACCCCGGUUGAAGCUAUGGGGUCCCACCAACUUCUCUCCGAUUAUCAACCAUGUAGCCUGCUUCGCCAGACAAGCUCUCCGGCAGAAUAUAGCCUCACAAUACUUUGUGCUGCUCAUCAUCACAGAUGGAGUGAUCACAGACAUGGACCAGACACGCACUGCUAUCGUGGAGGCCUCUCGUCUGCCCAUGUCUAUCAUUAUAGUGGGUGUGGGGGGGGCAGACUUCAGCGAAAUGGAGUUCCUUGACAGUGAUGACAAGUUGUUGUGUUCGCCCCGAGGUGAUGUCGCCUCAAGAGACAUCGUCCAGUUUGUGCCCUUCAGAGAUUUCCAAGGAAACAACAUGGCCCUGGCCCAGAGCAUCCUGGCGGAGCUGCCUGAUCAAGUGGCCUCCUUCUUCAAUUCUUACAAGCUGAAGCCCCCUAAUAUACUCAGUGUUUCUGACACAUCCUAGAAAGUUGGGUCAGAAACCCAAACACCUCAUCCUCACUACUUAUCUGCAUCUCCUGCACCCUCUUUCUGCAUUUGCCGAUGGAAUGGCAUAAAUGAAAGCCAUUAAAUGAAUGUGGGUAAAAAAGACAAGCAUAUAUGAUUUGACAUAAUUUAAAGUUCAUAAAAGAGACAUGAUAGCUUGUAUAAUGCAUGUAAAACUGCAAAUGUAACACUUUACAUGGUGGUUUGCUUUGUUGAUUACAUGUCAUCAUUAUUUUUUUUUCUUUUUCCUGUGUUACCUCUUCUCUGCUGUUACUUCGCACAACCUCUCUAUGCUGCAAUUCUUAAGCAACAUGUUUUAGGUCUUAAUCCUCUAAUAAUCUGAGAAAGCAGUGGGCUCAUACUGUAUAGUGUGUGGUGUGUUAUUUGUCUGUCCAGGCAGUGAGCUGUGAUUGUGUCAGUACCAUUACACUAUUUCGACACUGUUAUUUCAGUCAUGGUUGACACAAGUCCCGGUUGCGUCUGUACAUGUGAGUAUAAUGUGGUUUAACUUUAAGAUAAGAUAAUCCUUUAUUAGUCCUGCAGCGGGGAAAUUUACAGGAUUACAGCAGCAAAGAGGACAGUGCAAAACAAGAGACAUAGUAAAUAAAAAAAACACAAGAUCAAAAUAAGUAUUAUAAAUGAGUAAUAAAAAACAGUAAAGAACAGUAAAGAACAGAAUCCACAGUAAUAUUAUAUAUACAGACAGAAACUAUUAUAAAUAUUGUAUUGCACAGUGUAUUAGUGUCAUGUGGUCUGCUGGGAGCAGAGCUGGUUGUGCAGCCUGACAGCAGCAGGAAGGAAGGACUUGCGGUACCUUUCCUUCACACACCGGGGGUGAAGCAGCCGGUGGCUGAAGGAGCUGUACAGAGCUGCCAGGGUGUCCUGCAUGGGGUGGGAGGUGUUGUUCAUCAGGGAUGAUAGCUUGGCCAUCAUCCUCCUGUCUCCCACCACUUCCAUCGUAUCCAGUGGACACCCCAGCACACUGCUGGCUUUCUUGACAAGUUUAUUUAUUCUCUUCCUGUCGGCUGUCGAGAUGCUGCUGCUCCAGCUCCUCAGCAGCUCUGACCCUUUUUAUAUAGUAACUUUGAGCCUGAUGUUUAAUUUAGUAAUAGGUUUGAGCUUUUUCCUGAUAUUUCAGAACAUGUUGACUGAAAUUGAGGGAAUGUUUGUAAGCAUAAAAAGUGUAAUCACAGUUUCAGCUAUUGUAACAUUGGAGAUCAAAUUAGAUAAACAAACAUCUGCUCUACCCUACUGUGAAAAUAUUUUGUAGACCAAUUUACUUCAAUCAGUGCUACUGUGCGAGAAAGGGUUCCAAAGAAUGAUUCUCAACCUUGGUAUCACUUGAUUAGAGUGCGGGUCACUGGAGAAGACUAACAACUGAUGAGAACUGUCAUGAGAAUGUGGGAGCAUAAACUGGCCACUCAGUUCAGAAAAAAGGUUAGGAAACGCUGCAUUUGUGAAUCAUGAAUUUCUUCAAGCUUAUCAUUCAUUGACAGUUCUUAUUUUAGUGUAGUCGUUUGGACUCUUUUAUAUAUUUAAGACUGUUGGGGGUUCAAGUUGAAUGGCUGCAAGAAGAAAGCACUAAAGAUAAUAAAUAACCUCUUGAUUUAACAAUGGAAUCUGGACGUCAUGGAAGUCCAAGUCCACAACACUGAACCACAGUUCUCUUAUAGAAGGUGUUUGAGGCCCCUUUAUACUGUUUGAUGCUCCAGUUUUGUUUGUGUUUCAAGGUUGAAGGGUUUUAUGAAUGGGAAAUGUAGCCUUUUGGUUUUGCUGCAUGACUUUUUCAAACUAUAACUAAGUCUUUCCAUAUCUUUAAUAUUGAAUGAAAUUGACCCCUUUUUGUCGGUGUGUUUGUGACCAUUGUGGAAACCGAAUGAUGUAAUAUAAUUGACUA